CAUGGCAUGAGCAAGAGGUUGUAUACGAGUAUAGAGACCACUAGCAGGCAGGCACACGGCAAUCCAAACCACACUGUUUGUGUUGCGUUUAAUUUGUGGCCAAGUUCCAGACUCGGGGCAGGCAUGGCGGAGGCUCUGCCGUUGCCACUGUUGCUCAUCGCCGUGGCCACCACCGCCGUCGCCGCGUACUGCGCGCCCGCCACGCCGGCAGCAGCGGCGGCACUCCGCACCUCCAGCUACAGCCAUUUCUUCGCGUUCGGCGACUCGCUGACCGACACUGGCAACUUCAUCCACUACUCCACGGCGCCGGGCCCCGUGGCGCACUCCCCCUACGGCGAGACCUUCUUCCACCGCCCCACCGGCCGCUGGUCCGACGGCCGCCUCAUCGUCGACUUCAUCGUGGAGCGGCUGGGGUACCCACGGUGGUCGCCGUACCUGGACGGGAAGAGCAAGGAGGACUUCCAGCACGGCGCCAACUUCGCGGUGGCCAGCGGCACGGCGCUGAGCAGGCGCUUCUUCGAGAGGAAGCACCUCGACGUUGACCAGAUCACGCCCUACUCCCUCGCCGUCCAGAUGCGCUGGUUCAAGCAGGUGCUCUCCAUGCUCCUCGCCGCCUCCACAGACGACGAUCUCGAUCGGCGGGAGAUGAUGUCGAGCUCGCUGUUCCUAGUGGAGAUCGGCGGCAACGACUACAUCCACCCCUUGUUCCAGAACAGGACGCUGGACUGGGUGAAGCCCCUGGUACCCCUCGUCAUCGCCUCCAUCGGAUCGGCCCUGGAGGCGCUCAUCCAGCUCGGCGCCAAGACGGUGUACGUGCCAGGCGUCUUCCCGCUGGGCUGCUCCCCGCGGCACCUCUUCCUCUUCCACGGCGUCAGCUCCGCCGGCGACUACGACCCCGCCACCGGCUGCCUCCGGUGGCUCAACGACCUCACCGCCCUCCACAACAGCCUCCUCCGCGCGAAGCUCGCCCAGCUCCGCCGCGACUACCCGGGCGUCUCCCUCGUCUACGUCGACUACUACGGCAAGAUCAUGGACGCCGUCGCCUCCCCGGCGCGGUACGGGUUCGGCGAGCGCACCGUCCUCGACGCGUGCUGUGCCGGCGGCGGGCCGUACAACGGCAACUUCACCGUCCACUGCUCGGAGCCCGGCGCCGUGCAGUGCUCCGACCCGUCUGUCUACGUGUCCUGGGACGGGCUGCACUUCACCGAGGCCAUGUACAAGAUCAUGGCCCGGGACCUGUUCGAUCGCCUGGUGGAAACCGUCGGCACUAAAUUGGUGUUGCAAACUGCACAGUGAUCGCUGUUGCUGCCAUGCCAUGGCGCAUCUCACGCUGGAUUCAUAGAUGCGGCUGAAUAAAAUCGUUCAUCGGUUCAUGCA